ACACGCUGAUUGAUGCUCCAUCAGGCUGAUGUGUAAGUAUAAUCGGUCGUCUUCUCCAAAUUCUCACCCCCAAUUUACAGAAAGAGUAAACAGUCUGAGGUAUAAGCUAAUAGGGUUUUUUGUUCAAUUGAUUCUAUGGGCUCAGUCCUACCGUGAAAACCCUACUCGUCCUUCCCUCACAAAUGUCUUCAACUCCUUCCAAACGCAAAUUUGAAGAUUCCGUCGAUGAAUUGUCUUCCUUAAGCCAUAGUCCUGUCGCCACCAGGAUGAGAAAGGACCAAACUGCUCUCCCUUCUUCCUCCAAUUCACCCGUCUUGUACCGGCCCCGAUCAUCACUCACUGAGUCAACCAGCUCCCCCGCUCGCCUCCAGUUCUUUGUCCGUAUGCUCUCCGAGAGAACCCUUGUCGUUCAAGCCCACUGCACCGACACCAUCAAAACGAUCCAUGAGAAAAUUCAGAAGAUUACCGGAAUUCCGGUGAUGGAGCAGCGGUUGAUUUACCGGGGAAAACAGUUGCAGUGGGAGAAGACUCUGGCUGAGUGUAAUGUCCAGAACGAUGCUGGGUUACAGUUAGUAGGGCGCAUGAGGAGUACCGAGCACCCCCAGGCCUGGCAGCUCAUGGACGACGUCGUUUCCAUGGUUUUCUACCUCUACAAGAACAACCACUCUAAGCCACGUCCUAAUUUGGUUCCCUCGAAAACCGUCAAAUCGAUGCUUCUGGAGUUCCUCUCCAUGACCUCGCGUACGGAUACUAAUCAAGCAUCCAGUCAUUUGCAAAUUUUCAUUUCUUCCUCAGCCCCAGCUGCUCUGGUAAUGCUCUAUAUGUCCUCUCAUAAACCCAAUAAGGAUGUAGCAAAUGAUGCCAUUAGACAGUUUAUUAGUUCGAUUAAGAAUGUUUUGCCUAAGAAUACACAUUAUCUUUGCGCGCCUAUAGUUUUGGAAUUCUGUAAGUUGCUAAAUGGGGCGGCGGGGACUGAUGAUCCAUUAUAUACUUUUUGCCGGAGUAGUUUGGGGACAAUGGUUGAGUGUGAGAUUGGAGAACGCAGGGAGAUGUUAGGUAUUCAUGAUAUUUUUCGGUUUGUUGGGGAAAUAGCAGCUAAGUUGUCGCACAAUCUACAGUUAAGCAUGGACACAAGCUCAUGUCUGGGGCCUUCAUUGAAUGAAGUACAGGAUUUCACUGCCUUUCUGGUUGCAGCGAGAAAGAAGAUCGAGGAGCAUGUUGUGUCAUGUGGCCCAAUCACAUUUCCUCUGGGAGAGAAUCGUUGUCUGCCAGUGCCUGAUGGGGAGGAGAUUACACAUUUGCAUGGGAUUUUCAAUAAUUUAUUAGGAAUUAUGGUGGAGUGUUUGAAGAAAAUUGAUGAGCACCUGGAGCUGCGAGCGACUUUGGAUAAUGAGACCCUUUUCUUUGGAUGGUGCCAGUAUAUAACGAUUUUAAAGGAACUUAACAGUAUUUCAAAACUUUAUACUGGUGCAGAGGAGUUGUUUUGGGACAAAAUGAGGCAGAGGAAGGAUGCCUUGUGUUAUCUUACUCUCAAGUUUGCAAAGAGGAGUGAUGAUCACAAGUGGAUUCUUAAGCACAAGGAAGUGACUAAUUUUGAGGUGAGGAGGCAUUUAGUGAUGAUGAUGCUUCCCGAGACAAAGGACGACUAUGAAGAGCUGCACGAGAUGCUCAUUGAUCGUUCACAGUUGUUGGCAGAAUCAUUUGAGUAUAUUGCACAUGCAGAACCACAAGUUUUGCGCGCUGGUUUAUUUAUGGAGUUCAAGAACGAGGAGGCCACGGGCCCGGGCGUUCUAAGGGAGUGGUUCAACUUGGUAUGUCAAGCAAUCUUCAACCCUCAAAAUGCCCUCUUUGUCGCUUGCCCUAGGGAUCGUAGAAGGUUCUUUCCAAAUCCAGCAUCUAAGGUGGAUCCUUUGCACCUUGAAUAUUUUAGCUUCUCUGGCAGGGUGAUUGCCUUAUCAUUAAUGCAUAAAGUACAAAUUGGAAUAAUCUUUGAUCGUGUGUUCUUUCUGCAAUUAGCUGGGGAAACUAUUUCAUUAGGAGAUAUUCAGGAUGCAGAUCCUUAUUUGUAUAGUAGCUGCAAGCAAAUAUUGGAGAUGGAUCCUGAGGCAGUUGAUCAAGAUGCUCUGGGUCUGACUUUUGUUCAUGAAUUUGAUGAGCUAGGAUCAAGAAAGCUUGUGGAGCUCUGCCCUAAUGGGAAAAGCAUUACAGUAAAUAGUAAAAAUAGGGAGCUCUAUGUUGAUUCUCUUAUUCAGCAUCGCUUCGUCAAGUCUAUAUCUGGACAGGUGGCCCAUUUUGCUAGAGGUUUUGCUGACAUUAUAGGUUGCCAAAAACUCCAGAGAUCCUUUUUCCGAAGCUUAGAUCCUGAAGAUCUUGACUUGAUGCUACAUGGCAGUGAAAGUGCAAUUUCUGUGGAGGACUGGAAAGCACAUACAGAAUAUAGUGGCUAUAAAGAAACUGAUCCGCAGAUAUCCUGGUUUUGGAAGAUCGUAGGGCGCAUGUCAAAAGAGCAGAAAAAGGUUCUCCUCUUCUUCUGGACCUCAAUAAAAUAUCUACCGGUUGAAGGUUUUGGUGGUCUGGGUUCUCGCCUUUACAUCUAUAAGUCGUCUGAGUCAUCCAAUCGGCUACCAUCUUCUCACACAUGCUUCUACAGGUUGUGUUUCCCAGCUUAUCCUUCCAUGUCCAUCAUGCAAGAUCGACUUCGCGUCAUAACUCAGGAACAUGUAGGUUGCAGCUUUGGUACUUUGUGACAAACUAGCUGCAAUUUUGGACUGUGCUUUCUGUUGCACAUAAAAGAUGUGCAUUCAGGCUGUAGUGUACAUAAUACAGGCAACUCUAAUCUGUUUUGGAGCCAGACCAUGUAAUUAAGGGGUGUUGCCAUUGUGUUCUCUUUAAUUAAGAUUGUGACUUAUAGCGUCCCUUGUCAAAUGUUGAUAUUGGUAAAAGCUAGUUAAUAAAAAGGUCAAGAAUUAUGAAAGUUCGCUUACAUUUUGGAA